AUUUGUGAUGUUUUGCGUGCGACGCGCAGCGCAGCGUGUGCAGCAGGCGUCGGCCCGCGCCUUCUCGUCGGUGCCCAAGCCGCAAGGCCCGUGGCAGGCGUACCUUGCGCUGCUUGAGCGCUCGCCGCUGCCGACCAAGGUCGUGACCAGCGCUGGCAUUGCAGGCCUCGGCGACAUCACGUGCCAGACGGUCUUUGAAGAUCACCCGUUCGACGCCAAGCGCUUUGCCAUCUUUACGACGCUGGGCGGUGUCUACAUUGCGCCGACGCUGCACGUGUGGUACGGCUUCCUCAACCGCGCGAUUGCUGGUACGGCCAAGACCGCGGUCGCGAAGCGCCUCGUGCUCGACCAAUUCGUGUUUGCGCCAACGUUCAUGGCGUCGUUCUUUGCUGUUCUCACCGCGACGAACGACUCGGAGGUGCCGGUCACGGAUCGCAUUCGUUCCAAGAUCUCGACCGAUUGGUGGGACGCUGUGAAGACGAACUGGGUCGUGUGGAUCCCGGCACAGUUUUGCAACUUUGGCCUGGUUCCGCCGCCGCUCCAAGUGCUCUUCUCGAACGUUGUCGGUCUUUUCUGGAACGCGUACAUGUCGUACAUCAGCUACAAGCCGGCACCGAAGGAAAUCACUGAAGAAACAAAGUGAAGACGGCGCUACUCGACACAUUACGAGGUGUAACGUGCUAUACAUCUCAGUGCAAGACAGA